AUGCAAUACCUCCCAGCAAAAGACUACGAUGUUCCGAACAUCGACCUCCUCUCCUUACUAUUCCCCUCUCUCACUAACCACGGAACUACCGUUCUCCACGCUGAAGCCGCAGAUCCAACAAACAACGUCACCAAAGCCCAAACCCGAGCCAUCACCAAGCGCCUCGCACAUGUAUUCCGCACCGACUUUGGGAUCGGAAACAAUGGCGCCGGAAAAGACACAGUUCUCUGUAUCUCAUCUAACCAAGUACUUCUUCCAGCGGUGUUCUUUGCCAUCAUCGCCGCAGGGGGAGUGUAUACCGCAGCAUCGACGGCCUUUACAGAAUCGGAACUCUCUCGACAGAUCCAACAGUCAAAAAGCAAAUUGAUCAUCGCUAGUGCGGAUAACGAAGCGAAAGCUCUGAAAGCGGCGCUUGCCUGCGGGAUUCCCGUGGAGCGCGUUCUGAUCCUCGAGAGCUCAGGCCACAGACGCUUACUUCGGGAUACAGCGAACCCCCAGAGAAACUAUCUCCAGAGUAGAAAAGAGCUGGACUGGGAGCGAGUCACGGAUCGAAUCGAGCUAGAAACAAGACUCAUCUGCCUACUAUUUUCGAGCGGCACUACCGGAGCUCCAAAAGGUGUUAUGCUGUCUAACAUGAACCUUGUUUCUGAGGCAAUUAUCCCGCAAUGGGUCCUUCGCGAAUCCAGAAAGGGAAAACCGCAUCUUGAAGUCCCUUAUCGGACGAUUGGUCAUCUUCCUACUGCGCAUAUUGCGGGUUGUCUGGGAUAUUUUAUUACUCCUGGCGUUGCGGGAGGUACCGUGUACUGGAUGCCGAAGUUCAACAUUGACGAGUUCAUGGACUAUUGUAAAAAGUAUCAGGUUACGUUUCUGGCUACUGCGCCGCCGGUCUAUCUUGCUGUUGCGGAGAGUUCACGGGUCACGGAUCAUUUCGAUAGUUUGAUCCGAGCGGAGUCGGGGGCUGCGCCGUUAUCUACGGAGGUCCAGCGACGUGCGGAGAAGAAAUUGGGCUGUACCAUCAGUCAACGCUGGGGAAUGACCGAGUCUACUGGAAGUGUGACCACAAUGCCUUGGGGUCAGGCGGAUAGCACGGGGAGUAUCAGCCCUUUGCUGCCGAAUACGAGACUCCGCAUUGUGGAUGAGCAAGAUAGGGAUGUUGAACAAGGCAUGGAGGGAGAAAUCUUGGUUAAAGGGCCCAUGGUCACGAAGGGUUACUUUGAGAACCCAGAAGCUACUGCAGCGGCUUUCGCGCCCAACGGAUGGUUCCGAACUGGAGAUAUUGGCGUCUGGAACAACGGCCGAAUUUACAUGGUGGAUAGAAAGAAGGAACUUAUCAAAUACAAAGGACUUCAGGUCUCCCCGGUAGAGGUAGAGGCUUGUCUCCUUGGCCAUGAAUGCGUAGCAGAUGCUGCUGUCGUUGGAGUGCCAGACCAAUCAGCACCGGGGAACGAGCUGCCCCGAGCAUAUGUCGUGGUAGAGAACAAUAGAAGCAUUUCUGAGGAAGAAUUAAAAACGCACGUCAAGUCAAAUAUGGCGCGCCAUAAGCAGCUUCGGGGAGGCGUGGUGUUUACGAAAGAAAUUCCGAAAAGCUCAUCCGGAAAGAUACUUCGACGACUACUAAGGGAACAGGCAAAGAAGUCGAUGGAACCACGGGCGAAGUUAUACCAAACCCGAACUCAACUCCGCAUCCACAUCGACGACAAUCACCUCUGCAUUUUGCUCACAACACCCUCCAGGAUGCACGCGACCUCGAUCAGCGCCCCAGUGCGCACCGCGAUGGUUUUCGGACGUAUUUCCUCAAAAACCCUCCCCUCGGUUGCAUUCCCAGGCAAUUCAACGGCACUGUACCAGACCCUCUGCCAGGCACGACCAGCCAGUACCUCCGCACAGAUCAAGACCGGCUUCAAGGCGCCAUGUGCUCGUCCCCAGGUCCAGAUGCCCACUUACCGUGUUGCGUCAAUGCGGACAAACUCCACAGUCUCGGAGGCAACUCGCAAGGAAGCCGCCAAACUGACCUGGAACUCGUUCUUCCAGCUCCGCGCCUCUCGUCGUCGCUAUUCGCUCGCUUCUUCUGUGGUGUCCUCGAUGGCUAGUACUGUCGUUGGUGUGCAGGUUCUUUCCAGCCAGGACCUUGAAUCCUUGGGUGCGCAGGUGAUGGGUCUGGACCCCUUCGUUGUUCUGGGAAUGGCUACCGCGGCUUGUGGUGCUGUGGGUUGGCUGAUUGGGCCCUUUGUUGGUAAUGCGGCGUGGGGGUUGGUUAAUCGGCGGUAUAGACAGGCCUUUAUGAUCAAAGAGAAGGAGUUCUACGACCGAAUCAAGCGCUUCCGCGUUGAUCCCUCUUCGAACUCCAUCGCUAACCCCGUCCCUGAUUACUACGGCGAGAAGAUUGGUAGCGUGCAGGGAUACCGCCAGUGGCUGAAGGAUCAGCGUGUGUAUAACCGCAAGAGGCGCAACUUUAUCCUCUAGAUAUGGACAUUCUUUGCAUCUGUUAUGGCGAACAAUUAACAUGAGAGCCCAUAGCCUGGGUUUCAUUUAUGGCAUCUUAACAUUCCGGUCCUUAUUUUCUUUGUUUGUGGGUUCUGCACACCUUUCCUGUAUGAGUAUCUUGACAACGUCGAUGUGUAUCUGAGCGCUUACUUCCUUUACUAAAUUUAACCUGUAUGGGUUUAUCAUGCUUGAUUAUUGACAUUGUAUAGCCAGCCGGAACCCAUGUGAAUUGACCAUUUCAGUUCAGUCUAGGACUUUGAUGCCGAAGACGCAGCU